CAUAGCGACCCGUCUCGGACUGGGCAGGACAUAGCCACGCCUCCUGGAGCUCAUAGCCACUGAGAGCCCGAGCCUGCGGGGGCGGGGCCUCCAGGGCGGCGUGGAUUGGCUGAUUGAGAGCCGUCUCCCGCCGUGCACUGGGGUACCGGCGACUCACCCGGAAGGAGAAGCCCGGACUGGUUGUAAGGCGGUGUUGCGGUGGGAGUCGGCGCUGCGCCCAGGCGGUACAUAGAUACUUCUUUCUGAAUGAUAAUGGGCUCAGAGGGAAGAACCUUCACAAGGAGGUGAUACAGGGCGCUGUCCAAGUUCUGCUCAAGACCAGAGGGGCCGGCCCAGAUCAUUUGUUGGCAGUACUUACUGGCUGAAGUCAGUUUUCAUUUCAAGAAGGUGACAUCAUGGGCCCCUUUGGACUGGAGCAACCCUGAGCCGCAGCCUUCACGGUCCCCUUGUCGGAGUGGGUGAUGUUGCUCUGCGUGUAAACGACCACACUGGGGGACAUCAGGGCUUAAGCUUUAAUGAAUCUUUGCAAAGGACCUGCGCAGCUGUGGGCGCCUGGGCAGAGCCGGCUGUAGGUGCAGGAUGUCGGAGACCCCAGAGCAGGAGGAAGUGAUCACAGUCCGCGUGCAGGACCCCCGCGUGCAGAAUGAGGGCUCCUGGAACUCCUACGUGGACUACAAGAUUUUCCUCCACACCAACAGCAAGGCGUUCACCGCGAAGACCUCCUGUGUGCGGCGCCGCUACCGGGAGUUCGUGUGGCUGAGAAAGCAGCUGCAGAGGAACGCCGGCUUGGUCCACGUACCCGAACUUCCUGGGAAGGCCCCCUUCUUCAGCAGCUCAGACGAGUUCAUUGAGAAGCGGCGCCAAGGCUUGCAGCACUUCCUGGAGAAAGUCCUGCAGAGCGUGGUCCUCCUGUCCGACAGCCAGCUGCACCUCUUCCUGCAAAGCCAGCUCUCGGUGCCCGAGAUCGAAGCCUGCGUGCAGGGCAGGAGCCCCAUCACGGUGGCCGAUGCCAUCCUGCACUACGCCAUGUCCAACUGCGGCUGGGCCCAGGAGGAGAGGCCGGGCGUGACCCGCCGGGCCCAAGGCGAUCAGCCCAACAGUUGCUGCUUUCUGCCGAGGUCAGGGAAGCGGGGCUCACCCUCGCCGCCCCCCAGCGAUGAGCAGGACCACCUGGCAGUGUGGGCCCCUGUGGUUGACUCCGAGGCGCCUUCCCUGGAGGGCCCCGUGCUGCCGCCUUCCUCCUCACCACCGGCACCCUGUGACUCUGCUCGGCCUGAUGAGGGACCCUCUGCCCCCCAGCCUGCGGGGCCGGCUGCAGGAGGCAACCAUGCUGUACCUUUGGACACUGGCCAGUUGGAUGCAGUUUGGGAAAACUGAGGUCUGUCUACUCUGAGCUCUGGUUCUACUUCAAGACGGUCAGAGAACGAGCUGGGCAUGGGGCACAUGCUUGUCAUCCUGGCACCUGGGAGGCUGAGGCAGGAGGAUCUCUACGAGCUCAAGGCCAACCUGGGCUACAUAGCAAGAGCCUGUUGCAGAAGCCCUUCCAUAAAAAAAGACAGUUGGAGAAGAUGCAGGCGGUGACUGGUUCCAGUGGGUGGGGACGUUAGUUUGGGUGCACGGUCGGUAGAGAUUGUUCUCCUGACUCCUCCGUAGAACAGCUGUUAUGCAGCUGUUGCUAAGUUACAACACAGGGCCAAGGGCUGCUGGCUGGGAACAGAACCCUGGAUUUAGUCUCUUGGGAGCUGAAUUGUGGGUGGUUGAUAGAGCCCUAGGUGACUGGCUUUAGGGACCUGCAGCUUUACUGAACAAGCUGGCCUGGAACCUGUGGCCAUCCUCCUGCCUCAGCCUCCCGAGUGCUGUGGUGAUGGAUGUGCAUACCCGGCUCCUCUUUCCUUUCUGUUUUGUAUCCUGGGCAUUGGGCCUAGGGCUGCUCCCCACAUCCCUACCCUUUAUUUUUUUAUUCGAGCCAGCGCCUCUGGAGUUGCCUAAGCUGCCCUUGAACCCGUGACCCUCCUGUCUCAGCCCUGUGUUCCUCGGCAGCUGGGCCCUGCCUGCCUCCUUUAUUGGAGCAGACCGCUUCCCCUCCUUGCUUUUCCUGCCUCACUGCUCCGGGACUUCCGCCAGCGGAGUGGGCCGGGAGCCGCCACAGUGCGGUGCAUCGGAGGGAGAGAUGCGCUUCCUCGCAGCUGGGGGGUGCGCAGCUGCCCGGGCUUUGUCUCAGAGGAGCGCGGUUCUUCCUGCAGGGCUAGGCUGGCCUUUCUGUUCCAGACCCUUUCCUUCCCCUCUAGCAGCAGCUCUGGAGGCCACCGUGUGGCGGGGAGGCCGCAUGCUCAGUGCGGCAGGCCCGGGCCAGGGCUCCACUUCCGCCUCGCAGAGCCGCUGGGCAUGGGGACAAGGCGCAGAGAGGCUCCCUGCAUGGCCUCUUGCCUACGGCCCAAAGCCAGCCCCCUGUUUGUGACAGAGCCUCUGUCACUCCCAGCCUCUGUCACGGGGUCCCAGUUCAGAGUUGUGGGGCUUUGGCCUGGAAUAAAGUGCAAGUAUUUAA